CACGCAGCAGACGACGGGCAGCGAGCCGUCGGUCCACGCGCGCGACUCCGGGCGGUGAAAGCAUGGCGAGCGGACACGCGUCGCGCUCGAUCGUUCGCGUCCUCGUUGAGAACGUCGUUACCCCGGCUUCCGCUCGUCGUGUCCGGUGAGCACCGUCGACCUCCGGAUUUUCGAACGACGCGUGUCACCGGCGAAGAAGCGGAAUUCUCACUCGCUCGCGCGCACCGGAGGAGAGCGAAGAGCCGCGAGACCCGUAAACCCCGCGUGUCCGCGCGCGGUAAUCGGGACCGAACACGGCGCACCGUUGACUCAUGGAGCGCGAGGAUCCGAAUGGAAAUGCGACGGAGGACGUGAGGAACGAAGCUGCCAGGGCGGCCACGAGCGAGCGGGGCGCGCCGGAAGGCUCCCUGGAAAGCCCGAGGGUGCCGUUAGAGAUGGAGCAGUCGGAGACCGGUCGGAGAACCAGUAUUUUCAAGUAUUACUCCUACAAGAAUGCAGAUACAAUGUCGAACCCGGUGAAGAAAACGGGGCCCUCGGUUGGCGUCAUCGACGUUGGCACGCGGACCGUUCGCUUUGUGGUGUUCAAUGCGAAGCACGUCGCGGAGAUCGCGUCGCAUCAGAUCGACAUUGAGCAGAUCAGUCCGCAGGAGGGAUGGAUGGAGCAGGAUCCCAAGGAGAUCCUUUUCGCAGUGAAAGCCUGCGUCAAGGAAGUGAUUCGCAAAUUCGAUGUGCUCGGGAUGAAGAUCGACGAGAUUGUUACAGUGGGUAUUACGAAUCAGAGGGAGACCACGAUAGCAUGGGACGCGAAUACGGGCGAUCCGCUCUACAACGCCAUAGUGUGGUCCGACAUCAGAACCGACUCGAUCGUGGACCAGAUUAUCGCGAAAUUCCCGGACAAGAGCAAGAAUCACCUGAAACCUCUCUGCGGUCUGCCCGUGAGCCCGUACUUCUCAGCUUUGAAGAUUCGUUGGCUGAAGGAACACGUGCCGGCGGUGAGGAAGGCGAUGCGCGAGAAGCGAUGUAAAGUGGGGACGGUGGAUACAUGGAUCGUUUGGAAUUUAACGGGUGGCAAGGACGGUGGACUGUAUAUCACCGACGUAACGAACGCGUCGAGGACGAUGUUAAUGAAUAUAGAAACUCUCUCUUGGGAUCCCACGUUAUGCAGAUAUUUCGACAUUCCUAUGCAGAUACUGCCGGAGAUCAGAAGCAGCUCGGAGAUAUACGGCAAGAUCUCGAACGGUCCGUUGACUGGCAUUCCUAUAUCCGGUAUUCUAGGAAAUCAACAAUCGGCCUUAGUCGGGCAGAAUUGCUUAAAGAAAGGACAAGCGAAAAAUACGUACAGGAGUGGUUGCUUCUUACUUUGUAAUACCGGGCAUACUAGGGUAUACUCUUCUCAUGGAUUAGUCACGACCGUCGCGUAUCAAUUGGGUCCGAAUAACCCAGCUGUUUACGCUUUGGAAGGUUCGGUCGCGGUUGCGGGUGCCGCCAUCAAGUGGUUACGGGACAAUAUGAAGCUCAUAAAAGACGUUCACGAAAGUGAACAUCUGGCGCAAAGUGUUUUCAGUACCGGCGACGUUUACUUUGUGCCAGCCUUCACGGGAUUAUAUGCACCUUACUGGAGGAAGGAUGCGAGGGGGAUAAUUUGUGGACUCACCGCAUUCACUACGAAGCAACACAUUAUUAGGGCGUCCCUAGAAGCGGUUUGCUUUCAAACCAGGGACAUCCUCGAAGCUAUGUACAAAGAUUGCGGAUUUCCCCUGACGAAGUUAAACACGGACGGAAAAAUGUCAACCAACAAUCUCCUUAUGCAAUUGCAAGCCGACCUAUGCGGCGCACCAGUAUUUAGGUCAACUAUGCCCGACAUCACGGCGUUGGGUGUGGCGAUGGCCGCCGGACACGCCGAAGGAAUAGACGUUUGGGAGCUGGAAGGCGAGGACGUAGAAACAGUGCCAACUGAUACUUUCCUCCCGACUACCACGCCGGAAGAGAGAGACGCGAGGUAUAAGAAAUGGAAAAUGGCAGUGGAGAGAAGCCUCGGUUGGGCGGCGGUGAAGAUGUCCGACCAAAUGACAGAUGAACGAUACUGCAUGCUGGCGUCCAUUCCUGCCAGUUGGUUUAUAAUGUCGAGUUUCAUCUUAUUACGGUUAAGUCAUUACAUGGAAAACCGGUGACAGCGAAUUCACAUUACCGGAACGCAGGUUACUAGAGACGGCAAGGGUAGCCCUUGAAUACUUAAGAAAAUUUAGCGAAACAUUUCAUUAAGCCUGCUCACAUGCAACGAGACGAGAGCUUGAUAAGUAACAAGUAUUACGAAAUAUCCAGAGAUUAAGACAAAUCUCUUCAGCUUAAGUGUGUUUUACAUAUUUUGGCGCAUUUUAUCAAAUCAAAUUAUGUUCAGUAAUGGAGGACGAAAUGUAAUCGUAUACCAUUGGCUAUUGAAUUUACAAAUUAGUGAUUCAGCUGUUGAAAACGUUGUAUUGUAUACGCGUUUAUCCGGAUAAUUUUACGUUUUCGAAAUGAUGGUUGUUAAAAUAUACACAAGUUCAAUAUUUUGAACGUUCCUCGUCGCGUAAAUGUAGUCUCAUAUUUUAGUCAUUAUUUAUUAUAAAAGUCGCAUGUACAAUUUCAGUUCACACACACGUACAUACAUACAUACACAUAUAUAUAUAUCUCAUGAGACAUAAAAUAAAUACUUUCUGUUUUA